AGCUAUUUUGUCUUUGUGUGACGCCGUGACCGAGUGUGUGAAUUCAUUCGAGUUCGUGAAUAUUAGUAAUAACAUGCUUAUGUCUGUCGUUUUACUAGAUAUAGUUAUAUAUUGAUUAUUUUGUUACUGUUUACGGGGAAUAACUGAAUACUAUAUACUUCUACUUCUGCAACAUAUAUGUGGAAUUUUUAUAGUGCAUUUGCUGCAGUUCUCAUUGCUCGGGCGUGAUCAUUAACGAAAUUAAUAAACAAGCUUCAAUAAAUUUUCUAAUAUUCAAGUGGCGUCGAAGUGAUAUUUUUAAUUUGUUCAAACAAUAAAAAUUAGAAAAUGCUUGCUGCAACUUUGGCCCAUAAACCUAAAACCUGGUCCGAUAUUUCUUACAGUGGAGUUAGGUUUAAAACAAUAACUCUUGCAGAAAAUUGUGAAGAAUACCUGGCUAUAUCAAACAAAUUUCAUAAUAGAAGAAUUACUAAAAUUGAAAGAAUACAACAUCCUUUUGCCUAUGGCAGAUUUAUAUUAAAAAAGGAUCAACUCAAAUUGGAGGGAUAUGAUUAUAUCACCGAGGAUACAGUUUUCCAUAGUAUUGAUGUUGCUGAUAAAUAUGUAGCUAUUGAAUAUAAUUGUGAUCCUCGACGAUAUUCUGGAAGGUACAAAGGAACCACACCAACUUUUCGAAGCACUCCAGAUAGCUCAGCAAACAUUAUAAUUGUGCUUCAAAAACUUCAGCAGUCAAAUCAAGAGUCUGAUGCAGAUUAUUAUCCAACUUAUAUCGUUGAAUUGGACUAAUUUUUUAUUAUAAUUUUAUUCUAUUUUAUAACAAAAGAUUCAUGAAU